CACAGUGAACUGCGAUGUGCUGAUGUGUGGUGAAAAAAAAAGUGACUAGACAUAAUUUCCUUGUCUACCUACAAAAGCAUUCUGGCUUCUUAGGGUCAAGUCCAAUUUGGUAACAAACAAUAAAUUCUAGCGAACAGAAAAACAACAAAGUAAAGCAAUAAAUUUUAAUGCGAAUCUGCGGAGCGUGCUACGCCCUCGGAAAUCUUGUAGAAAAAUACAACGAUCAACUGCGGAAAAAUCGAACAGAAGAAAUUCCUGCCGUAGAGGUGACGUUUCAACUCGUACUUCUCAGCGUCCGUGAACGGCAGAAGCAAGUUAAAAAAGAAAAGUAAUUGCGACGGGCGAGAGCUCAUCAUCAGCGAUCGUGUGAAAAACAAAAGGCUUUGUGUUUGUGCUACUGCAGUAAUCGACGUCUGCUGUUUGCUGCAGAAAGAAAAACGGCCUCAAAAGUGGAAGUUCAACAGGCAAAAAGGAAGCAGUCCGAUAUGGAGCUCACACCCGAGGAGAUCCGGGCUAGGCGUUUGCGAAAGCUGGAAACCGGAGCCAGCCGUCCGCUGGCAGCAACCCCCACCAGCAGCAUUGGCGUUCCCGAUGGCGUAGGCCAGCAGCAGCAGAAGGAGACGACCCCCAACCAGCAGGUUCCAGCAGCUGUUGUGCCAAACAACUCGCAGGAGGAAGAGCCUUGCACAAAUGUUGCCGUUAUCGAUAAUAAUAACACCGCAGAAUCGCUCGAAAAGGGUUGUCUUAAUAACAAAGCUUCCAACAGUACUAGUGCUGAUGGUAGCGUAGAAUCUCCAAUGAAAAUGGAAGAGGAUACAUCGAUAGCUAAUUCUAUCACCAACCCGGUUUCCGCUAUCCCGACAGCCAUGACCAGUUUAGAAGAAAAAUCCCGUGACGAAGCCGCAAGCCGCGAAGAGCUGCAGCAGAUUGUGUUCCGGAUUAUGAACCUCAACAGCCAAAAGCGUUAUUCGGAAGCACGUUUCAACAUCGAUGCCGGUGUGCUGGAAAGUGCCCUUGAAGCGUUGAACGCAAAGAACUACCGUGAAUUUUGCGCUGAGAUCAUCACCGAAGUAGUUAAAGAUUUUUAUGAGGGUAAGCUAAUCGAUUCUAAUGAUGAAAGCCUUUCGGAUAGCUGGAGCAACAUUCCAUCCAAGAAGGUAAGACCGAUCGAUAUCGAUGAGGUAUUGGAGCGCAGCGGCGGGGGCAGUACUGCGAUGGAAAUCGACAGCGAGAUCGGGAUCUGCUCGUCGAAACCGAACAUGAAGGCUUUCAGCUCGAACCGGGUGGCUGCCCUAGAUUACCUCAUUAACUGCUACUGCCGGGCGAACAAUGAAGUCUACAGUUACACCAAAAUCAAAAAAAGCAAGAAGAUGUAUUUAGCUGAGGUACUGCCGGAAGUGGCGGCCGUAAUUCGCCAACAAACACUGAAGUAUGCAAUUUUGCUAACUAAAAAUCGCUUCCAAAACUUUGCCCAGAUCGAUAAUCCCGCUAAGCUCAUUCUAGAAAAGUCGCCUUUGCUACAGCUUAUGUACGAAAAUAAGGUUCCGUCGGAUUUUCUAACCAGUUUAAUGAUCGAAUCACGCAAGAAAGAGGAGGACUUUGACACCAUUUUCACGAUCGUGCUCGAUGAUUUGUACGUUGAUAUGCAGAAUGCGAUCUGUAACGAAAACAUUGUCAGCGAUGCGCUAAAUCGACUGAAGGAAUUGGUGGAAAUCAAGGUGGAAAAUACCAAUCCGAUCUGCAAGCUGAUUGUGAAGCACGUUGUGUUCCUACCAAGACUGACUCUGGAUAAGUAUGCUGCCAGGGAAAUAUCGAAGGUGUCCUUUAUGGCACCUUUUAUGUCGCUUUCGGUGCUAUUAGAUGAAAAUCCUAAGUUUGCGACGCAUCACUUUCUGGAGAAUGUCUGUGACCGUGCCCUAGCGGCAUCGUUCCAAUCGCUGCUCGGCAACACUCGGAAGGUUCUGCAUCAAAUUUUCCUCUCACUGUUGACCAAUUUGGACAGCCGCCAGGAGGUGCUGAAGUACAUUUCGGAGAUAUUAAAAACCAACCAUAAACGAAGCCAGUACAACGCUGACGAUCGGUUUCUGGCCAAAGACGGUUUCAUGCUGAAUUUCAUGUCAAUUUUACAGCUACUGUCGAUCAAAAUCAACAUGUCUAGAGUAGAUCCGUUCUACCCGCAUCAUCCGGAUGCCCUGAUUGAUAUUGAGGAUGAAACGAAAUUGAAACUUUCAUCUCAGGAAUACGGCGACUGGUUGGAAAAAUUGCGAUCGGAGAAAAAAUGGGAAACGCCAAAAUUCGUCACCCAUUGCUGGUUUUUGACGCUGCAUGCCCAUCAUUUGGGCAUUAUACCGGCAAUCCAACGCUACAACAAGCUGCUACGUGCUACAAAAGAGUUGCAGAGAAUGGUUGACGAGCUGAAUGCCAGCAAAAACCAGUGGGAGAACACACUUGUGGCCCGUCGCAACAAGCAGAUCCGCGAUCGCUGCGUUAAUCAAAUUAACAAAUUGUCCAAGGCAAAAUUGGGCUGCGAUAUUGCCGUCAUUGAUCCAAACGUACUUGGGGCUUGUAUGCAAUUCUAUUCGUCUGUGUGCGAGUACAUGCUCUAUCAAAUAGAGAACCGACCGAUCGAGGGACCGUUCGUGAAUAAAAUACCUCCUUCGACGCUGGUGGCUAGUGAAAACUUCUGCUCCUUGCCCGAGUGGUACAUCGAAGACAUUGCCGAUUUUAUUUUGUUCUGCAUGCAGCACAGCAUUGGGGUUGUUGACUUUGUGGACAAUUCGAUCAUCACCUGGAUUCUGACGCUGGUGUGUGCGCCACACUUGAUUAAAAAUCCGUAUAUCACUGCCAAGUUGAUUGAGGUCCUUUUCGUUACGUCACCGACAAUUCAGACGGCCUCGCAGCGUCUCUAUCUACAGAUCAUCAACCACGAACUAGCCCAGACAGCCCUGGUAAGUGCCCUUAUGAAGUUCUACACCGACAUCGAAACCACUGGUCAGAGCACCGAGUUUUACGACAAAUUUACGAUCCGCUACCACAUUAGCCACUUGUUUAAAGGUCUCUGGGACAGUGUCGCGCAUAGACAGGCCAUAGUUAAUGAAUCAAAAAGUGGUAAGCAAUUCGUCAAAUUUGUGAACUUCUUCCUGAAUGAUACCACGUACUUGCUGGAUGAGUGCUUGGAGUAUCUCAAGCGGAUCCACGAAACGCAGGUUCUAAUGAUGAAUGAGACAUCGUGGGGCGAGCUGGGUCAUGAGGCGCAGCAAAGUCGUCAACGGCAGCUAGUUCAGGACGAGCGGCAAUGCCGAUCCUAUUUGACGCUGGCAAGGGAAACCGUGGAUAUGUUCCAUUAUCUCACAAUAGACAUCAAGGAGCCAUUUUUGCGACCCGAACUGAUUGACCGCUUAAGUUCAAUGUUGAAUUACAAUUUGCAACAGCUUUGCGGACCAAAGUGCAAUGAUUUGCAUGUACGCAACCCGAUGAAAUACGGCUGGGAGCCUCGACGUUUGCUUGGUCAGCUCAUCGAUAUUUACUUGCACUUGAACUGUGAUGAGUUUGCCGCUGCAUUGGCUGCAGACGAGCGAUCAUUUGAGCGGCAUUUGUUUGAAGAUGCGGCCAACAGGGUAGAACGUAUCGGAAUCCGCACGCCAAUGGAAGUUGAUGAAUUUAGGAAGCUUAUUCUUAAAGCUUCCGAAAUAUACGUUCAAAACCAACAGAAUGCAGAUGAGUUUGCUGAAGCACCAGACGACUUCAAAGAUCCGUUGAUGGACACUUUGAUGGCCGAUCCUGUUAUAUUGCCUUCCGGAACCGUAAUGGACAGGUCUAUCAUAACCAGGCAUCUGCUGAACAGCAGCACGGAUCCGUUUAAUCGACAACCUCUCACCGAGGACAUGCUCAUACCGGCCACCGAGCUCAAGGAACGCAUCGAGCAGUGGAUCAAAGAUUACCGUGCGAAUAAAAAACAAUAAGACUUGAUACUUUCAUACAUCGGAAAUGUAGCCGCAUUUCAGAAAACACCUAAAACUGCGGGAAAGAAAAAUAAACUCAACAACAGAAUUUAAACGUUAGAGUCCAUAUACAUAGAGACAUAUUUAUAUGAAUAGUGCUUUAAGAUAGGACUUUCACACAAAAACCCUUCCUCGAUUUCGCCAAUGGAUCCUUGCUAGAGGCUUUAUCUUGUCGCGAACUAAAUAUAAAUUCAUGAACUAAUGAACUAGCUGUCGAACAACUAAACGCCUGCUAGACGAUUAACAAGCUUAUAACCUUUGGCAAAGUUUAGUCCGCAGAGCUGUAAUCUCGCAACUGUUCAGCUCUGGCAAUAAUAUCAAAAUACAAAGCCAUUUGACCACUGUAGUGUUUUUGUUUUAUUUUUGGGUUUGCUGCUAACGGUAAGAGAAAAUCAGCGGUUGAUGCUGAAAGGCGGAGAAUCUUGUUUCUUUAAAGAUAAACAAAACUGUGUCGAGUAUAAGCCAAUAAUAGUACUUUAAAUAAAAAUAAAUAUUAACA